AUGAUAGCCUCGGAACAGGACCGGGAGGAGGGUAAGGUCGACCCCCCGGCGACAGAUAGACUCGUACAACAACCUGCGCAACGAAACACGGAACAUGAUUCUAAAAAUCCGAUCCUAGUCGAAGAUUGCUCAGAGCAGAAAACUGAUUCCGAUAGAUCUCCGCCCCUAAGAGAAAGGGCUAGAUCGCUAGAUCCACAAAGAAUAGAAGGAAGAGCGACUAGACAGGAAGACGAAGAAAGCCGAGAGGGAAAGAGAAAGCAACGAGACAGCCUGGAAAGAGACUUGAAAAGAUCUAACGAGGAAAGUCAAAGAGAAAAAGAGAGCAGAGGAUUCGGAGCAGAAAGAAGGCUAUCGCUGGAUAAAGAGCUGGCAGCGGCUGAAAGACUCAAAAGUGGGGGAAAGAAAAAAACAGUUAAAAGUAUGAUAGACGAUCUCGUGAGAAAGAUAGAGGUAAUGGUGGGGCUGAUACAGCAAAAUACGGCAGUGCCCAUGAAAAAUAGCAUAAGGGAGAUACAAGGCGGUAUAAAGGGCUUACAGAAAAAUUUCGAGAAGGAGGAAAGAGAGAGGGAGGGAAAAAUGGAAGCCCUACAUAAACAACUUGAUAGAAUACAAAGCGACAUAGAAUCGAGAGUGGAGGAAGGAAAGAAAAGUGAGACAAAGACAAAGGAAACACAGACCGAUGAAACACAGAUGGACACAGAACGGAAAGAAGCUGAAGAGGCUCAGAUGAGGAAGAAGAAACAAAAUGCAGUAUCUUUCGAAGAGUGGGCAGAGGUGGCUGAAUUCGAUUGGGAAGAGGAAGACUUCAGAAAUGCCUAUAUGGUAGUAGGAAAUCCUGUCUGGCAGGCAAAAACAGAAACAAAAGUUGUGUUAAUUGAACCGGAUGAUGAAGAGAUGGAGAAAAGUAUACAGCAACAAUAUAAGAGGGCGUACCCCAUACUAGAGGAACUGCUGGAUGAUUGCGAAGAGGUCGAGAUGACGAACACAACGAAAGUAAGAGGGGUAGAAAGAAAGCAUGUUGAAAAGAUAUUCAAGGUCAGAAUAGGCAAGACAGAAAGGGAGAUGUGGAAUAGCCUUAAUAAGAUAAGAGGGAAAGUAGAGGGCGAAGAAAGAGUAGCGAUACAUCAUGUUAAAAACAUGACUUUAUACCAUUUAAGAACCAUGACUGAAACAAUUUUCAGGACAACUACCACUAAAGUCGAUAUCUAUACAACGGCUAGGAGAUUGGAGGAAGAAAAACUGAAGAGAAAUGAUAAGGGAAAAGAUAAAAGGGAAACGUACGCCUUAAUAGUAGAAAACCAAGGAAAAACUUACGAACAAGUGUUGAAUACAAUAAAGCCUCACUUGAAAGGUAGAAGAGAGGUAGACCUAAUAGAGGAAAUAAGGCAAACAAGGGACGGCCGGGUAUUGAUAAUAACGAAAAAGAAUGAUGAGGGAAUAGGGGAUAUACAAAAACUAUUAGAAGAGAAGUCCGGACAGAAAAUAAUGAGAUCGGGAGUGAAAGGAAAGGAAAGGGUAACGCUAAAUGUAAAAGGAAUGACCUCUGCGGUAGAGAUAGGCGACGUGGAGGAAGCGAUUAGAAACAAGGUGGGAGCAAAUUCAGAUUUUAAAAUGAGUCAGAUCAGACCCUACGCAAGUUAUAUGAAGGCAAUAACAAUUGAAAUGGAAAGAGAAUUAACAGAUCUACUUAUAAGAGAAAAGAAACUGAGAGUCGGGCUUACCAUGUGCCAGAUAGAAGAAAGAAAGAAGAUAAAAAAAUGCUCGAGAUGCUGGUCACCAUCGCACCUAAUAAAAGAUUGCCAGGAGGAAGACAGAAGGAACUGGUGCUAUAACUGCGGUGGACAGGACCAUCAAAUGAGGAAUUGUAAAAACCCGACAAACUGCCCAGACUGUGGAGAAGUGGGACAUAGAGCUAGCACGAGCACAUGUCCAAUAUAUAGAGAGAGGGUGAAAAAAGAUAGAAGAGAGAAGAAUGUGGAGAAGAGGGAAAACCAGAGAGUUGAAGACGAAGGGGACGUAAGCAACACAAGGAAGAGGAAAGAAAGCUUAGUAAAGACGGUUGAGGUAACGGAAGAGAGGGAAAAAGAUAGAGAAGAAGAGAUAAAGAAAUCAACCGAAGUAAGUAAAGGUUUUACGAAGGUGGAAAGAAAGAGAAAUAAAGAGAAAAAGAAGGAAAGGAAGGGAAAUGGCAGUGGGGAUAAAGAUACUCCCACUGACACAAGCUCACCCGAGAAGUCACCCAGGAGUUUGUACUUAAAAAAUGGGGAUUGA